CCCAGUCUCAGUCUGACGCAUUAGGAAUAUCAUCUCUUCAGCAGCGGACUGAGUAGGAUGUCACAAGUCGUGCUGUCGUUGGCCUCAGAUGAGUUUUCUCCGGGAACUACAUGAGAAGAGAAAUGUAUGUCUUUUCUACAGGCUCAGGUUUACACAGCACCUGAACACCUGGACACGUCCCUUCAUGAACACCAGUCAACAUGCAGCCUGAGCCUGUCCUCCUGCAGCAGUGAUGGCAGCCUUCAGCCCUCCUGCUCCUCUCCUCUGUGUGCUGCUGUGUGUGUCUCUGGCCCUGCAGCGCUCUGACCUGCGUCUGGCUUACGUGACCCACAACAGCUUUUUCUACUACUCCUGCAGCCAGGACCCGCAGCCCUGCAGCAUCUCCUCACUGACUGACUGCAGAUGCAAGGACAUCCAGCUGUCCACGCUGCACCACCCGCAGUCCCACUCCUCUCCUGUUUUCCGAAUGAGACAUUUGACCGUCUGGUUCACGUCGCCAUUGAACACGGCACGUCUGCUCAACAACUCAGAGGUGAGGCACCUGACUCUGAUCCACUGUGGUGCCGGGGGAUCCAGAGGGAUGUCCUCUUCUCCCCUAGAGGGACAUUUCGCUGUGCAGCACCUGGAGAGGCUGACGGUGGUGAACCUGCAGCAGCUUCACCACCUUCCGGAUGCAAACACAGACUCAAACAGUGAUGCAGACGGAGACAACAGUGCUCACCUGGACACAAAUAGAUACAACCGGGACAGGGACACAUUCCUGGACCUGAUCGCAGACAGGAGGAGAGAUUCCCUGGAUUUGUCCACACCCCAGAUCCAAGACAUCUUCCUGGGCAGAGAGCUGGGAGCUGCGUAUCAUGAACAGGCCCGACUGGGGAUCGUCCACAGCUCGGUGCUGGAGUGGGGGGCAGUGGUCAAAGCCUACACGGUCCAGACGCACAUAGACAGUGACGGUGUGCUGCCAUUCCCUGACCUCCAUCUGCCAAAACUACCAGCAGCAUCCGUCAUAUAUGUCAGCUUUGUGUACUGACACCAGGUUACUUAUGAGAGGUGCUGGUGGGAACAACAGGAGGACGAAGAGACUGUUACAGACCAGGAAUCAAGAGCUCUCUUCAUUUACAGGCUGUUUGAAUUAAAUUUUAAAAAGUCCACACUUAAGAUUCACGAUUCAAAAUGAAUCAAUUUAUCCUUUUAGAAUAGAAGGUGAAGUUUCCAUUACUUUACACAUUGUGUUCCCUUUGAAAUCAGUACGUUUUUUUCAAGCGGAAAAAUAUAGAAAUCUGCAACAUAGAACUUUGUGAGAGAGGAAACAAAGUGACUGAUGCAAUGAACCAGCAGAAACUGUUUUUCAAAUCAUCCUGUUAUUUAGUUUAGACUGUUUUAUGUUUUCUAAAAGUUAUUUCCUGGUUGAAUUCCGAGGACAGAAACUGAGAUUAGUUUUCUCGUCCGAAAGCUUUUAUCAUAAUUUCCGUGAGUGAGAACUUUGCACAGCUGUUUAUCAGCAUGUAAAAACAAACUGUCAACUAAUGAGAGAGCCUCUGAGGGACCGGAACAGUCUGCCAGCCUCCUCCAGCUGGAGGGUCCUUUGUUUCCAAAUGAUGUUUAUGCUGAAUUGAUGGAACAAUCCCCAAAACAAGUGUUUACAAGUCGGGCAUUUGUCCUUUUCAUUCCCUUGUUUUCCCUCUCUAAUGUGAGCUUCGUGUCCCAAAAGAGACUGAAUAUAACAUAUAUCUUAUUUGAAGAUUGCUACAUUAAUUAAAAACAAAAAAAAAUAGUUCAUCCUAAACCCUAAACCUCAGGAGGAAUAAGGAGCAUGAGACUUGAUCAAUCCGAGAGAUAUUAUCCGGAUCAGGAGUGAAUCUGGAUUUCUGCAGGUACUUCCUCUGACAGUCCACAGAUAUGCAGGUCGAGGUUAGACUAAUUGAAGACUCUAAUGUGGGUCGCCCGCCUCUCUCACCCAAUGUAUACGACGCAUACGUACGACCAUUAGACGAUCAGAGGUGUAGAUGAUGGGUGCAACUGUUUGAAACAUAAGAGUAAAAAUUUAUUUACAGAUUAAAACUGUCAGUGAGGCUCAGUUUUCACUCCAGCACUGAUCAACAGUGAUAAACAGAAGGAUUCACUUAUAACCCUCAGUGUGAUUAAAGAUGGAUGGAGGUGAUUUGGACAUCAGUGCAGCAUGACUCCCUCCCAGCUCUGGUCAGCUGACCUCUGACCUCUGAGUCCCUGUGCUGAAGGUUUACCUCUAUAUACAAACGUCAUUCUAAAGAAACCUGUCACUUGUGUUGUGUUUGAACAUUGAACCACACGGUGGCAGCAGAUACAUCCGAGUGAAAGCAUCGACUCAAACUGAGGUGAAGGAGACUGAGGUACUUUCCUGUCAUGAUUUUAAAGCGAGCUACAUUCUACAUACUUCUACAUACAUGACACUCAGCACUUUAACAGCUUGAAAGGAAUGUUUUAAUGACAGAGGUACAAUGUUAAGUUUGACCUGAUAUUUAUUUGUGUAAAAGAAAUUAUAUUAG